AUGAGCAGUGCCAUCGCCAAAUUGGACGCCGCCAUGAGAAUGAUGGACGAGGCCCACGAGCAGCUGAAACAACAGCUCGCCGCCCGAUCAACUGGAAAGGAUGCAACGGCGACGGCCCCGUCGCCGCAGAAGACCGUCAUCAAAGGACUCUACAAGCUCAUGUCCUUUGAUGAGAGCGAAGAGGAAGAGGAACUGAAGAGCAUCGACUGGUCCGAACGGACCGAGCAUUCCUCCGUGGAUGUGUCCUUUUGGAAGGAGGAGAUAGUUGAGAAUGGAGGAAUGCCUAGGACGUCGACGCCGAUCAACGGAUUCUCGACGCCUGCCCUCGACUUCACAUUCACGGAUUCCGCUUCGAAGAAGAAGUGUGCUGAUGAUCGGGUACCAUCGUUUAUUCAAAUUUAA